AUGGCUGUGUUGAUCAUCUUCCGCACCACCAGCGCUUCAACAUACAUCUCGUCAACUCAACAUUGCACUUCUGGGGUGUUCUACCUACUUGGGGUAUCGUUUCUCGGGCUCUUCUUCCAUCUGGCAGUGCCCUCCUUCCCAUCGUCCCACUUCAGCCUGCUUUCCGGACGCCUCCUUUCCCCCAGCCACCUCUACGUGAGCCUCCACCAAAUGGCCGACAUGGAUGACGCGAUGAUGAUCUUAAUUCCCGCGACGCCUGUGUUCGGUGAAGCCAGUGCUCAAGGGAUUCGCGAGACUGUCCGGCGGGAAGUGGAAUUCCUUCGAACGAUGGAGUGCGUGGUGUGUAGAAACCAGGAGGUAGACUCCAACGUCAUGACAGCAUCAUGUGGUGAACUCUACUGCGGCGGAUGCGUCAAUGAGCUCUUCGAUCGUGCCGCAAAGCAUGAGUUCAAUUUCCCGCCAAAAUGCUGCGGCCAAAUCAUCACACUUGCAAACGCUGAAUCAUUCCUAUCUUCGGAUAUCUACGACAAGUUCCAGAAGAAAUCCGAGGAAUAUUCAACGACAAAUCGAACCUACUGCUCCGAUCCUGAGUGUGUAACCUUCAUUUCACCAAAAGCAGUUGAUGACGGCCAAGCGAAAUGCCCUGCUUGUCAAAGGUUGACGUGCAUCGUGUGCAAAGAAGAAGUUCAUGAGGGUGGCUGCCUCGAGGACCCGGCCGCUCAGUCUCUUAUGACAGCCGCGGCUGAGGCGGGCUUUCAACAAUGCCAAGAGUGCAAGAGGAUGAUUGAGCGGAUUAAUGGCUGCGACCACAUCACAUGCACUUGCGGCGCCGAAUUCUGCUACGUGUGUGGUGCCAAGUGGAGGACUUGCAACUGUAGGGACGAGGGAGAUCCGUUGGAUGAAGCCGAGGGUUUUUUACAAUAUGCCGUUGACCACGUUUUGCACAUUCAUGAAGAUAAUCGCAUCGACUGGAGAAUCCCCGCCGCCGCCGGCGCAUAG